UGCGCGUCUCGUUCCAGAAUCUUUAAACCAAGCAAGCCACUCACUUCAACAAGAUUUCUUGAGGAUGACUUCUCAAACUUCCACGAUAUAUGCAGAACUUCUGUCGAAUAUCAGACAAAUUUCUGUUACUGCAUCGCUAUUAACAUCAGUCGAUUCUUCAACAAAAGCAGAAAUCUCACCGGAUGGCCGGCAACUCAGCGUAACACACCACGGCCACACAGAGCACGUCACUUUGCCGACACAAACAUCUGCCAUAGGCUCAUUACCUGUAGCCCAGAUUGGUCGUUCAAGUCUAUCAUGGAGGCUUCCAGUCUCACCAACAGAAGCGAGGCCCUCUCGUUUCUCUUUAGAAAGCCAAGCGUUGCCAUGGACAUCAGUCGAUAUCACAACUGGAUCAUCGGUAGCCUGCCGCAGCUGUGGAAGCGAGUUCGUCGCGCAAAGUAUCAUCAAUACAUGGAAAGACUUGCCGAGUGAGAACUGGGCGGAAAUGAUGGAAUUUUGGCAUUGCCAUAAACCUCAUGACCAUGACCAUGACCACCAGGAUCCUGAGUCUUUGGCCACCAAAGGCUACGGUGCCAAUCAUGCUAUAUCCGCCCAACAGGGAGUUGGCUUUGUCGACUUGACAUCAUUCCUAUUCUCGGAGUCCGACUGCCGAGGCCUGCAAUAUUCUUCCUCAACACCGGAUGCUGGGUUCGAUCUAUCUUCGUUGGCGCUCAAUGACGACGAGAGCAAGAAGUUUUUACACAUAUUUUGCCGGGAAUGCACGACAGAAGUAGGCUUGUACAAUAUCGCGGCAUUGUCUGUCACACUGUUCAAAUGGAAAAUCACUUGCCAAACCAAAACCGCAGAUCCUAGCCCAAGCAGUUCCGAGUGUCUUGCAGCAACUCUGCUGGCUACGAUUUCGAGGUCGGGGUCAUCCAAGUCUAUUAUCACGCCGCAUACUUCUGAGAUUGCAAAAUCCGAAGCAGUUUCUCAAAAGAAUAUUCAUCUCUGGGUGUUGAACCCCAAUGUCGUAUACACGGCGUCCUCUACCGCUGACCGCAAGACGGCGAUAAAGAUACUCUACAAGUAUAUCGAUCCAGUAGAGAGUGAGAAGCUUAUCACGUCCAUGACCUCAGAUGUCCAGGAGAUAAGUCUGCCCGAGGAGGCUAUCAAAGCAGCAGAUAAUUGCUUGUUAUGGAGCAGUGAAUUACUACCCGUUCAAGAAAGGACUUUCAAGGAGUGGCAAGUGGGACUGCUUGAGAGAUGGGAACCUGCGUCUAGAUGAUAGAUAAUCAAUAUAUCUUGACUUUGAAUAUCAAAUCUCAUGGUUUCAUUAGAAUAAAUUCCUUAAAACCCAUCCGUCAUUUAGGUAUUAGGUAGAUUGGCAGAUAUCAUCGAGCCCCGUUGCCAG